GAUUGCUCCAGCGAAUACGGCAAUGAGAAGGAGGUAAAACUACUGUCAAAUCAACCAGCUACCUGUAAAGAUUUCUUUUUGUUCAGUCCACCGUAAAAAAGCACCUUCUGGUAAGUCCAGUAUGUUUUUUAAUGUGCGCAUGAUCGGCUGCCCUUGCAAACGCAACCAGAAAAGCAUAGUGAUAAGCAGUGCAGUUCUGGACAUUUCUCCUAUCCAACUGGUAUCUUCUGGAUUCGUGCUACAUAACAACGGGAGUAGAGGAGGCCUGAUUUCAAUUAUUUGCAUUAUCCAGAUUGGUUUGGCGCUGAAGACACUAUUUGAAGAGGGUAUAGUGAAGCGUGAAGAUCUGUUUAUCACCUCUAAGCUAUGGAAUGACUGUCACGCUCCUGAAGAUGUGCCAGAGGCACUAAAUAAAAGCCUCAAUGAUUUACAGCUUGAUUACUUGGAUCUUUAUCUUAUCCAUUGCCCAUUUAGUGUCAAGAGGGGAAAAGACCAUAGCCCUGAAAACUUUGUUACACCUAACAUCCCUGUUACUUGGGGGGCAAUGGAAAAGUUACAUCAUGCUGGCAAAGCUCGCGCGAUUGGUGUGAGUAACUUCUCAUCAAAGAAGUUGGGUGACUUGCUUUCUGUAGCUCGUGUACCUCCUGCUGUUAAUCAGGUGGAAUGUCAUCCUGGUUGGCAGCAAACUAAGCUCCACAACUUUUGUCAGUCAACUGGAGUUCAUCUUAGUGCUUACUCACCACUAGGUUCACCUGGUACUACUUGGAUGAAUGGUAACGUCCUUAAAGAACCAAUGAUUAUCUCAAUAGCUGAGAAACUCGGCAAGACAACUGGACAAGUGGCUCUGCUCUGGAACAUCCAGAUGGGUCACAGUGUACUACCAAAGAGCACAAAUCAAGAAAGGAUAAAGAAAAACCUCGAUGUUUAUGAUUGGACAAUUCAAGAUGAUGUGCUUGCAAAGUUCUCAGAGAUUCAGCAGGCUAGGCUGUUGAGAGGCGACUUUAUGAUUAAUCCACAGAGCGUUUACAAGACCCAUGAGGAGUUCUGGGAUGGUGAAAUUUAAUUCCCGUCAAUCCAUCUUAUCUCAAAAGUUGUUCUUCACAAAUGAAGGUUCAGUGGCCAGUGUUCUGAUUCUAUCAUGUAUCAUGGACUAUGUUGUCACUAUGCAUCUACCCCUCUGGAGAUGUUGUCCAUUCACUAGCGUAAGAUCCCCAUGAUUGUGUGUAGUCCACCCCAGGUGUCUUGUCGCGCCGUGGGCGAUGCCACAGUGAAGGUUGGCGCAUCGUCCUCGUGUUUUGGGGACCCUGUUCUGUUUUGAGUACAAAGAGAAUCGUGAAGUUAAGCACUGUAGCUUUUGUCAGCUAACUGGCAUUCAUCUCUCUGUAGAU